AACCCAACGCUUGGACCAAGUAGACCUGAGAGACUAGACCCAGAGCAGAUAUAGAAAUUCCUUACAUCAUGGGCAUAAUCUAUCUAUAUACAACAAUAUCUUAUUGGGAGGACGAAACCAGUAUGUGCGUGGAAGAAAGUGAGAGAAAAGAGAGGAAGAGAAGGGAUAGAGGAGAGAGACCCUUACCUCUAUGAUUUUCUAGCAUCACACCAUCAGGAGGUUACAAACAGUGUUCUGCGAGUGAUUCCAUCACUGCCCUGCUCCAGUGACUGAGAAAGAAAGAGAGGAGGGGAGUUGUUUU